GUCCAUUCUCUCUUGCUCUCAUCAUCGACAUCCUCCAUUGAAAUUUUGCUGCAGUGCCGUGAACCACGGCAUUCCAAUUUGGCGCACCCGCUAACCGUUACUAUAAAAAAAGAUGACGGCUUCUGUUCAUUCCGCGCACUUGACCUAUCAGCAACGCGGAUGGACCAAUUGCUCAAAUCAAAUAAUCCACCUCUUUCACCUAGAGAGCGUUAUCGGCGACGGCCACGCGUUUUUGUCUAGGAUAAUGGAGCGGAUAACUCAAACACGUGCUGCGCUCGAGGAACUAUUGGAUGAGGAGAGACGUGUCGAGCGUUUGAUUCAAUCCUGCAAGACAGUUAUAUCCCCUAUCCGUAAUAUUCCGGAGGAUAUCGUACGCGAAAUUUUCGUGGCAUGUUUGGACAUUGAUAAGCCAGAGAGAAAGGAUUCAUUGGACAGGAAUUCUCCACCUUUGGCUCUUUCGCGGGUCUGCAGGGACUGGAGAAGCAUCGCGCUGUCAACAUCUCAGCUCUGGUCAUUCCUUUCUCUGGAUUUUGACCGAUACCGGAAUGAAGUGGCGUGUCUAUAUCUCCUUCAGAUGUACAUUUUACGAUCUGGGAUGCACGAUAUCACCCUUUCCCUACGCAGCACGGAAGGGCUCUCAGCGAAGAACCCUCUUAUCCCUAUCCUUUUUUCGAGCGCACCGCGAUGGAUUGACCUCCAUAUUGCUAUUCCAUACCUAGCAUUACACGCUUUCUCUCCCGUCAGAGGAUCUCUGUACUGCCUCACUCGUCUUCGUGUGGAGUUCAUGAAUGAACCGCCGAUGCCUCUCGCCGCACAUUCCAAACCCAUAUUUAAUGCCUUCGAGUAUGCGCCACUACUCUGUAGCAUGUCCAUAAAUACUGUAUGCAGCGCAGUCGAACAGCUGAGUCUGCCAUGGCCCCAGCUCACCCAGUUCACUGGGAACGAUUGGACAAGCACAUACAUUGAUAUCUUACAGCUCGCGCCAGAUAUGGGGAGCAUGUCUUUGCAGUGUGACGAUGACCGUGAUUUUGAUAUUGUCCUUCCUUCUUUGCCGUUCCGCCAUCACGGGCUUCGUAGGCUUCACGUUCACGAGGAGGUAGAGAGUCCUAGUUCCGAUAUCCUUUCAGAGGGAGGUAUCGUGCAUGUUCUUUCACAUAUUGAAUUCCCUGCUCUCCAGACACUGAGUAUGGCGUACCAGCAUCCUGACAUACGGAUUCCUAGUUCUCUGCACUUGGGUAACCUGAGCAGCCUUUCGAUCGACGCAUCUUUCAUCAUUCCCACUGGGGCGCAGGCUAAUUUACUCAGUCUCCUCAGAACGACACCCUCGCUUACACAUUUAUCCAUGUCUAUGUCUAUGGCGCCCGAAGAAGAUGCGAUUCUCCUCGGGCUUAACUUCAGGAUCAAUCCUGACGUCGUUCCCGGUCUCAAGUCGUUGGCUUUCCGGUUCAUAAAUAGGUACCCCGGUCUGUCGAGCGUUUUUGUUGACAUGGUUGAGUCUAGGAGGCCUGGGUUGGAGUCUUCGUUUAUCGGUGCCGCCUGUCAUGCCGCCACCACCUAGUGCGUUGGUUGACCGUUGGUCUAGGCUUUGUGAUGAAAGCUUUGUUAUAUACAGCAUGGAGCGAUAAUGGUUCACCCGCCAACGCAGUCAGGUACCAGAAAUCGAAAGGCAUACGUACUUGUCCAGUGUGGUGUAGCUAUUGUUUGCGGCAUAAUUUAAUUUGGCUCGAAUGAACU